AUGAAUUGGCUGUUGAGAAGAGGCACUUGGGCACUGGCGCCCGCAUGGUUGCGGUGCCGGUGUCGUAGCGGCAGCAGAAGACUGUAUUCGCUAGCACAUGAGGUCGACACAAGCAAGAUGGAAGCUACCAGGAGGAAUGCUCAAAUAGUGAAGAACUUGGCCGGCUACUACCCUUCGGUUUCACAACCGGCGCUGCGUGAAUUAUGUCGUGGGUAUAAGGAGGUCAGUAUAGAUGAGUUCAACGAGAAAUUCCUGGACAAUCCCUCGGUUUUGAACCAUAAGGACAAUCCGGACUGGUUGUUUACCAUUAACGGCAGGAUCAAGAGCAUUAGGUUUUCGGGCCAGAAAAUUGUGUUCAUUGAUUUGUACAGCACAAACAAUGGGCUGAAAAAUCAUUCGAAACUGCAAUUGAUCUUGAACUACAGCCAAAUCAACGGGAGUGACAAAGACGAGGUGCAGUUUCAAGAGCAUAUGAGCUUUUUGAAAAAGGGCGACUACAUCAAAGUGUUCGGAUACCCCGGGUUUUCCCAGUCUAGGCUUAAGAUGUUAUCCCUGAAAUGUAAUAGGCUGCCCAUAAUCUUGUCAGCUUCGCAACUACCUUUACCUUCCAAAUUGAAUGACGAGGCUAAGAUCAAGUCCAAUAGAGUGAUCGAUUAUCAGUUAAAUGGUAUUCAGGCGUUGCUGGUAAGAGCGCAUGUCAUCAAGCUUUUAAGGAAGUUCUUGGAUAAUAAAAAUUUCGUGGAAGUGGAGACCCCCAUACUGUCAUCAAAAUCGAACGGUGCUAUGGCAAAGCCCUUCAUAACGUCCUCCAAGGACUUCGAUCACUUGGAAUUGCGUAUUGCGCCAGAAUUAUGGUUGAAGAGACUCGUUAUCAGCGGCGUGCAAAAAGUGUAUGAAAUAGGUAAGGUCUUCAGAAAUGAAAGUAUUGAUUCCACACAUAACGCCGAGUUUUCCACUUUAGAGUUUUAUGAAACGUUCAUGUCAAUGGAUGAUCUGAUUGCAAGAACUGAGAAACUGUUCAAGUUUUUGAUCACAAACAUGCAGAAGUUCUUUCAAGAUACGCAUUUCCCCGUUCCUAAAACCUUUGAUGAGCUGCACUACGCGUUAUCCAAGAAUGAUUGGAAGUUUAAGAAGGUCGAGUUUCUACCAACGCUAAAGAAAGAACUCGGUAUUGACUUAAUGGCCCCCGAACUCGAUAUCAACAGCCCUAAGGAGAUCUUGAGAAUUUUGCCGAAAGACGUCAAAGACGAAUACUUCUCCUCCGCAGAGGAUCUAGAGCAGCUUUCUUCACUACAAAUAUUGAAUAAACUAUCAGAUGUUUUCUUGGAGCAACGCUAUUGCCGCUCGAUACUACCCACUAUAAUAUACCACCAACCUACAAUUCUAUCGCCUCUGGCCAAGACAGACUCACGCAAUGACCGAAUCACCAAGAGAUUCGAAGUUUUCAUCAAGGGGAAGGAAUAUAUAAACGCCUAUGAAGAGGAAAACUGCCCACAACUACAACUAGAGAAGUUCCUACAGCAAAAGCAAAUCAACGAAAUGACGGGAAACAAAAUCGAGACUUUAUCACCGGUCAUAGACCACCAGUAUAUCGAGUCGAUGAAAUUUGGUAUGCCCCCCACAGGUGGCUUUGGUCUCGGUAUAGAUAGGCUUUGCAUGCUCUUCUGCGACAAAAAAAGAGUCGAAGAGGUCCUGCCCUUUGGUUGUGUAGAUGAUGUAAACAGGCAGUGA